AAAUCGUUUAAUCAGCCUUUUUUUUUUCUUUAUUUUAUUUCCAUUGUUUUUGUUAUCGUCAACCUAUUUUUUUUUUUACGCCGUCUUUCAAAUAAAAAACAAUAGGAAGAGUUCCCACUGGUCUUCGUCGGCGGCGGCGAUUGAGGCUAUACUCCGGUUUCUACUCCGACGUAGGGCUGCAAAUUUUUUUUUCGAGUAAAAAGGAGAGAUGGGAGGCAAAGGAAUGCGGAGAAGAGAGCGGAAUUACAGAGCCGCACAUGGAGGCUAUGAUCGUCUCCCGCCACCACCAAACGCUUCCCAAGUCGAUACUUUACCUUCCAAACUCCGCAAGUUAAUGUCCUUCACUUCCUCUGGACCUCAAGAGUCUGAGAAGGUCUCGGAUGAUAUUCAGCGAAAGCGCAAGAGAGACGCCGUUAAUACUGAAAAGAAAUCCCAUCGAAAGGAUGCUUUGGGAAGAUCUGAUGUAAAGAGCAAAGGUAAUGGUGAAACUUCACAAAAGCCUCAGCUUACGGGUAGUAAUGGCGACGAUGUGCAAAGCAAGUCCAGUGAGAAGAAAAACAAAAAACAAAAGAGAAAGCAGGUAACUGACCUUCGUUUUGAAGACUCGGAGGAAUCAAGUCGACGUUUAAAGAAACGGGAACGUCGGAAAAAAUAUCAGGAGGCGAAGAAAAAUAAACAUAAAAAAGCUAGGACAGAGGAGGAUCUAGACUUCCCAAGACAUGAAAAAAUAAAAUUUGGAGACGUGGUUGAAGCUCCACUGAAGUUGAUUGCAGUUCCGAAGGCAUUUAAAUCUGCACAAGUUGCUUCUCAAGAGAGGAAGCGGUCGCAGGCUAUAAAUGAAUAUAGAAACCGCAAGGGAUGGACCUCAAGGCCAGGAAUACAAAUACCUUCAAUGACAAUAUCACCAGCUGUUUAAUUCAGGAAGUUUUGUUCGAUUGUGGGGGCCAUAAGCUGGCAGUGGGAUGGGAAUCUCUCUCUACAUCACUAACCAAGUACAGGAGAGUUAGCAGAAUGUGUGCUCUAAAAGGGAAGAUUUGUUCCAAAAAUUACCAAGCAUUCAACUGUGAAAUCAAAGGCAAGAUUCUGAAAUUCUUAUCAGAAACAGAUUAUGUGAUGAAAGCCAACCAUCUUGUGCUCUAUUGUUUCAUAUGAGAAUGAUUGCGCUUGUUUGUGAAGUUUAUGGUUCGAAUUUUGGAUGAGAAUGUUUUUCUUUUUGGUUAAGUUAUAAUUGAUGUUUUGUCGUAGUAAGUAAGUUUCUAUCAAUUUUAUUUCUGUACUAAGUUUUGAUUUAUUCAUAUUUAUCGAUAGCAAUGUGGUGUGAAAAGUAACCAUUAUGGAUAA